CAGAGAAAAAGUUCAACAGUUUUUGCUCCACUGAAUCGUCUGAAACAAUCAAUAAAUUAAUUGUGAAGUAUUUUGUAGGUGAUAUUCUAGUCAGUAAAGAGGAACAUCAACAGUUCUUGACAGGUGUUCAGUGGACUGUUCAGAUAAUGUCAUGGAUGGUGCCAUGGAUAAAGGAUCUCAGUGGACAGACAGACACAGGGAAGGUCAAGAGUGUCAUUCAUGGAGAAUCUCCUGAAUCCAGCUGUGUGUCCAUGAAGAGUGACCGGUCAAUGGAGAAUCCACCUGAAUUCAGUUCAGGAGCCCCUUGUGCUGAUGUGAGUGUCAUUCAUGGAGAAUCUCCGGAACCCAGCUGUGUGUCCAUGAAGAGUGACGGGUCAAUGGAUCAUCCAAUUAAAUUCAGUUCAGGAGAAUCUUUGAUCAACUACAGAAACAAACAGGAAGGAUCAGAGUCAACUGCUGGGAAAGUGCCAUUGGACUCCAUUUUUGAGGAACUUGAGCACAAAAUCAUCUCUCUGAUGAAGAAAGAGCUGAAGAGUUUCAAGAGACUACUGAUCUCAGAUUCCCCAGCAUGCUCUGAGAGAGAGGAGGAGGAUGAUGAAGGUCACAGCAGAGUCAGAGAGGGGUUUCUGAAGAUCACACUGCACGUCCUGAAGAAGAUGAAGCAGACAGACCUCGCUAACACACUUCAAACCAAACUGAUUUCUGUGCAUCAACAAAAACUCAAAACAAAACUAAAAGAGAAAUUCCAGAGAAUUACUGAAGGAAUGUCAAAUCAAAGCAGCUCAACACUUGUGAAUGAGAUCUACACAGAGCUGUACAUCACAGAGGGAGGGAGUGCAGAGAUCAAUAAUGAACAUGAGGUGAGACAGAUUGAGACAGCAUCCAGGAGAGCAGAGACACAGGAAACACCAAUCAAAUGCAAUGACAUCUUUAAAGCCUUACCUGGACAAGACAAAGACAUCAGAACUGUGCUGACUAAAGGAGUUGCUGGAAUUGGGAAAACUGUCUCUGUGCAGAAGUUCAUUGUGGACUGGACUGAAGGAAAAGCAAAUCAGGAUGUUCACUUCAUAUUUCCACUUCCUUUCAGAGAGCUCAAUCUGAUGAAGCACAAAAAUAUCAGUUUGAUGAAUCUUCUUCAUCAGUUUUUCACAGAUACAAAAGAACUGAGAGAAUUGAAAACAUUCCUUGAUGACUACAAAGUAAUUUUCAUUUUUGAUGGUCUGGAUGAGUGUCGACUUCCUCUAGAUUUCCAGAACAAUUAUAUUUUGUGUGAUGUGACAGAAUCGGCCUCAGUGGAUGUGCUGCUGACCAACCUCAUCAAGGGGAAUCUGCUUCCUUCUGCUCUGCUCUGGAUCACCUCUCGACCAGCAGCAGCCAAUCAGAUUCCUCCUGAGUGUGUUGACCAGCUCACAGAUGUACGAGGCUUCAAUGACCCUCAGAAGGAUGAGUAUUUCAGGAAGACAAUAAAAGAUGAGCAUCUGGCCAACAGAAUCAUCACACACAUGAAAUCAUCAAGAAGCCUGUACAUCAUGUGUCACAUACCAGUCUUCUGUUGGAUUUCAGCCACUGUUCUCCAGAGACUGUUGAGUGAAGCAGAGUGUGCAGAGAUCCCCAAGACUCUCACUCAAAUGUUCACACACUUCCUGAUCUUUCAGAGCAAACUGAAGAGCCAGAAGUAUGAUGGGAAAUGUGAGGUGGAUCUUCAGCAGGCUAGAAAGAGGAUUCUGUCUUUGGGAAAACUGGCUUUUCAACAGCUGGAAAAAGGGAACCUGAUCUUCUAUGAGGAGGACCUGAGAGAGUCUGGCAUUGAUGUCAGAGAAGCGUCAGUGUACUCGGGAGUUUGUACCCAAAUCUUCAGAGAGGAGUUUGGACUGCACCUGGGGAAGGUGUUCAGCUUUGUGCAUCUGAGCAUUCAGGAGUUUCUCGCUGCUUUAUUCAAGUUUCUGCAAAACAAUUCAAGAAUGAGUGAUUUCCUGAAGAGUGAAGUGGACAAGGCCUUACAGAGUGAGAACGGACACCUGGACCUUUUCAUUCGAUUCCUUCUGGGUCUCUCACUGAAGUCCAAUCAGACAAUCUUACGAGACCUACUGACACAGACAGGAAGCAGCUCUGACAGCAAACAGGAAAUGGUUAAGUACAUUAAGAUGAAGAUCAGGGAGAAUCCCUCUCCAGAGAAAUCCAUCAAUCUGUUCCACUGUCUGAAUGAACUCAAUGAUCAUUCUCUAGUGCAGGAAGUACAAACAUACGUGCAGGAAGUACAAACAUACGUGAACAGUAGAGAUAUCAAUCGUCUCUCUGGAGUCCGUCUCUCUCCUGCUCAGUGGUCAGCUCUGGUGUUUGUGUUGCUGAACUCAGAAGAGGAGCUGGAUCAGUUUAAUCUGAGGAAAUAUGAUCCAUCACAUGAAUGUCUUCUGAGACUGCUGCCGGUGAUCAAAGCAUCCAGAAAAGCUGAUUUGAUGGGCUGCGAUCUGACAGAGCAAAGUUGUUCAGCACUGGCCUCAGUUCUCAGCUCAAACUCCUCAAGUCUGAGAGAGCUGGAUCUGAGUAAUAAUAACCUGCUGGAUUCAGGAGUGAAGCUGCUCUCUGAUGCACUGAAGAGUCCUCACUGUACACUGGAAAUACUGAGAUUUGCAGCUUGUAGAUUCACUGAUCAGUGCUGUGAAAGUUUGUCUUCAGUUCUACAAUCAUCAAAAUCCCUUAGAGAGCUGGACCUGAGUAACAAUGACCUGCAGGAUUCAGGAGUGAAGCUGCUCUCUGAUGCACUGAAGAGUCCUCACUGUAUACUGGAAAUACUGAGAUUUGCAGCUUGUAGAUUCACUGAUCAGUGCUGUGAAAGUUUGUCUUCAGUUCUACAAUCAUCAAAAUCCCUUAGAGAGCUUGACCUGAGUAACAAUGACCUGCAGGAUUCAGGAGUGAAGCUGCUCUCUGAUGCACUGAAGAGUCCUCACUGUAUACUGGAAACACUGAGAUUUGCAGCUUGUAGAUUCACUGAUCAGUGCUGUGAAAGUUUGUCUUCAGUUCUACAAUCAUCAAAAUCCCUUAGAGAGCUGGACCUGAGUAACAAUGACCUGCAGGAUUCAGGAGUGAAGCUGCUCUCUGAUGCACUGAAGAGUCCUCACUGUAUACUGGAAAUACUGAGAUUAUCUGGCUGUAUGGUGACAGAGGAAGGCUGUUGUUCUGUGGCAUCAGCUCUGAGAUCAAAUCUCUCACGCCUGAAAGAGCUGGAUCUGAGCUACAAUCACCCAGGAGAAUCAGGAGUCAAGCUGCUCUCUGAAAGACUCAACGAUCCAAACUGCACACUGGACAAACUUAAUGUGGAUCAUGGAGGAGAGUUCAGGAUUACAGCAGGACCACGCAAAUAUGUCUGUGAUCUCACACUGGAUUCAAACACAGUAAACACUGGACUCAUUCUGUCUGAGGGGAACAGGAAGGUGACACGUGUGAGAGAGCAUCAGUCAUAUCCUGAUCAUCCAGAGAGAUUUGAUGUGUAUCCUCAGGUUCUGUGUAGAGAGAGUCUGACUGGACGCUGUUACUGGGAGACUCAAUGGAGUGGAGAUGCUGCUGAUAUAUCAGUGUCAUAUAAAGAAAUCAGCAGGAAAGGAAAGAGUGAUGACUGUGUGUUUGGACUCAAUGUAAACUCCUGGAGUCUGUACUGCUCUAGUAACAGAUUCACUGUCUGGCACAAUAAAAACAGAACUGACAUACGUCCCCCUUCACACGACUGUAAGAGAGUAGGAGUGUAUGUGGACUGUCCGGCCGGCACUCUGUCCUUCUACAGCGUCUCUGACACACACACACUCACACACUUACACACACUCAUCACCACAUUCACUCGACCCCUCUAUGCUGGAUUUAGAGUAGAUUGUCUUGAUUCCUCAGUGUGUGUGUGUGAAAUGGAUCAUCAGAGACACACACACACAACUGGAUGAGUGAAAUAUACUCACUGUAUCUCACACCAACACAACUCCAAACUCUUUCUAGAAAUCAUUUCAUCAAUGAAACUGAUUGAAUUCAAUACAAUGACAGUACUUUGUGUCUCACUGUGAUGUGAUUGAACUUAUUUACUAUCAGAUUCAAUAAUACAAAUAAUGAUUUGAAAUGAAUAAAUGAGUCUAUAUAUGAACUCUUUAUUAAACACACGGCACAUUCAGAUACUCAUUGUUUUAUUUAUACUAAAUAAACAUUUACAAAUACAGAAUUCUUGUGAUUUUUCUACAGUAUAUAAAUCUUAAUACUUAACAGACAAUUCUAGAAAAAACAGCUUCACACUUUUGCAUUCAUAAAUGGAUUUAUAAGAACUAAUU